CUGAUAAUAGGUCAACAAAAUGGCCGUCUGUUAAUAAAGUCAGAAUGCAAGUUCUUUGCUUUUCUUCCUGCUGCCCAAGGGUAAACUACUCGGGGAGACCAUGACUUCAAAAACGAUAAGUCUCUUGAAGUAUUGAAAUACUCUCAGCAAGGAAAAUCCGUACAAGGGUAUACUGUUUUUUCUACUUGGUGGACUGGGUCCUUGCUGUAGUUAACGUGCAGUUUUGAUGUUUUGAAAACUAAGGAGAGGACGGCCAACUGGAACCAUGUCUGAGCAGCGAACAAGCACCAGCACCCCAGGGACGCCAACCGCUCCCCCACAAGCUCCCCCAAUAGUGACGAUGGCCAACAUUAGGUCAUCGUCUACUCUAUCCCAGAUCCCCCAGGUGCAAGUGAUUCCCCAGCCAAUGCACAGUCCACCUUAUCUCUCCAACUUCCCCUACAACCCACAGAUCAUGCUUCAGAACGCUGCAGUUGCAGCCAUGGCCCAACAACAGCUGAACAUGGCAGCUGCCAUGCAAGGACGGCCUCCCUCAGUCAGCCCUACAAGCCCUGGCUUGAUGUCACCCACAUCCUCGCAGGUCGGCUUGGGGGUAGACUGGGGAGCCAGCGUCCCAGCUCGGUCAUCACAAAGACGUUUUACACCAGGGAUGAUUGUAACAACUACAGUGACACCCACCUCGGGAAGCAAUGUCAACAGCAUCAAGGCAUCCACCAAUGGGAACAAGUCUCAGUCCAUGCAGGGCCCAACUCAAGGCCAGGCAACGGCCCUGGUUGGGGGCAAGCCUGCCGUGAUGUCGGCCCAGGCUGCAGCCCAGCCCCUGGUGCUGGGACAGAUAGGCUCGGUGUUCUCUGGACAAGGAACUACAAACCCAAACUUUGUGGCCCAAGUUGCGUCAUCCAAAGGCCAGGCAGUCUCCAUCUCCCACCAGGGACAGCCGCAACUCAUCACAUCACAGGCGCCAUUACGGCUCAGUCAGCCACAGUUGGUCACAAACACUGGCCAGAUCAUCACGUCACAACCCAUGCUCACCAAUCAGGCAGUACUUCAAGCCAUGGCUAGUUUGCAACAAGGCUUCCCAUUGGCUGCCCACCAGCCUCUUUUGAACCAUGCACAAUCCCCAGCCAUCCUGGCUGGCCAAUCACUGUACAUCAGAACAGCUAAUCCCAUUCAAACACAGCAGAGCAUGAUGGCAGCAAAUAUGCAGGCAGCCUUGGCCAACAGUAUGAAGGGUGGCAAGAUGGAGAUGCCACAAAACCUGCAAGUUAACACAAAACCCAGUGGAGGUUCUUCAAAAAGCUCGUCACAAACUGGAAAGACUCUUCUGCCAUCUAAGGCAACCACUGCCAAAAUCCCACCAACUCACAUAUCUGGCCAAGCCACUAAACUGAACAUACCAACUGUCAUCCCCAAGCAGUCAAAAGGACGGACAAAAUCCCAGUCCAAGUCCUCGUCAUCAGUCCCCUCCACCCCCACCAGUACCAAAACACCACCUGUCAGUCACUCAAAACCAGCCACACCCACAAACCAACCAACCAUUGUUGUGCCCCCAGCAAAGAGCCAAUCAGAUUCUGAGGUGGAAAGAGCGAAGAAGUCCACACCCCCUCCUGACAUUACUUCCACCAAAGAGAAGUCUGGGAGUGUGACUGUUGAUGAAGGGAGUCCGGAGGAGAAGGAUAAAGACGUUAUAGAUGACAAUGACAAGCCUCCAGUUAUCACCAAGGAGGUGGAGACACCGAUGGACACAUCGAUGCCAGAUAAGCCUCCUCCACCCCUAGAGCCAGCCACCGUUGUAGAGAAGCAGAAGGCUAUUGUGAAGCCGCACAUACUGACUCACAUCAUUGAGGGCUUCAUCAUACAGGAAGGACCAGAACCCUUCCCAGUGCAGCGGUCGUCCCUGCUGACAGAGUUCAUCCCUCCCAAACCUACUCGCACAGACAAGGACUCGGAUGAGGAGCUGAGUGAAUCCCUGAUGGACCUUCCACCUCCGCUGCUGGAGCCUGAAGGGCUGCCGACACGGAGCACUGAGACCCAGCAGCAACCCAAUAUGCUGAAGUGUGAGUACUGCGGCAAGAUGGCCACGGCGGUCAAGUUCCGCCGCUCCAAGAGGUUCUGCUCCAUGGCAUGUGCCAAGCGUUACAACGUCGCCUGCUCAAGACGUGUUGGCUUGUUCAAAAACAAAGCAGGUACAGUGAAGCUGGUGAAGAAGAGGAAGCAUCCCCUAGCGGUGAGGAAAGGCUGGCGACCGGGAAGAGGGGGCCGACUCGCAUACAACAUCAAUAUGAGACUGCCGGAGGAGGCCAGCAGUUCUAACAGCGGUCAGGAGGAGACUAGUUCCUCCCCCACCUCCCCCAUGCCCCUGCCGGAUAUGGAGAUGGACACACUGUCACCUUCCUCGGAACCUUCCAAGUGGACGGUGAUGGAGGUGUACGAGUUCAUCAAGUCGCUGCCGGGCUGCGCCACCUACGCGGAGGAGUUCCUGUCGCAGGAGAUCGACGGCCAAGCCCUACUGCUGCUAAAGGAGGACCAUCUGAUGACAGCCAUGAACAUCAAGCUUGGCCCCGCACUCAAGAUCUGUGCUCGCAUAUCCAGCCUCAAGGAUGAGUGCGUGUAACCUUCACCAGGCUGUGCUCAAAGACAAGCAAACCAUGUACUACUAUGCUGUGCAACGUUCCCGAGAUGGAAAACAUUUACGAUUGGAAGAGACUGGAAUACAGUAGGCAGUGUCAGAUGCCCCCUGUGUGAUGACUGGACAUGGUUUGAACAGGCAGCUAUCAAAUCAGUGGAACACAUCAUAUCCAGCAGCUCCUGUAUCUCAAGCUGAGCCUCACGGUUCAUACAUCAUCACCAGCCUUUAUUAACUAAACCAGCUCCUGUUGCACACAUGGAAAUUGCUUUGGUGUUGAGAGCACAGCUAGUUGUUAGAGGUCCAGACACUGUCAUCUUCAUCCAGAUGAGUUCUACUAAAUAAGUGCCAUUGCUCCUAUUCAAGUCAACAUAUGUAGAUGUGAUGGUCACACAUGGCUGAUGGGUAUCAGUCAGAGUUCAGAGUAUGGGCAUUGACGAAACAAACCCAGUACCAAAGAUACACAUGUAAGCAAUCCAGUGGCAGAUGACAGUAAUAGUCAUUGGAAAAACAUCACCCCAGUUCAGUGUUGUAUGUCAUGAUACUUCAUGUGUUCCAUCCUUUAUAAGUAGUGUAAUUAGCCCCAUGUAGCUACACAUUAUCCUGUACCUGUUUAGUCACAUAUUCAUUAUAUUAGUCCAAGCAUCAGUCCUCCACUUCCCAACCAGCCUAGCCAGGGUUCUCUCCCUUGAAUAAGGCUAUGUGUUCAUUUGUGUAAUGCCUGCCCACUGAUGGUAAAGGAGACGGGACACAGAUGUUUUUCAAUCUGUGUUCCAAUCGUGAUGGACUGAACCAAUAUUCGUUCUAUAGGUCAUAAUGCUGUAAACAUUCAAAAUGUUUACAGUAAAUCUGGCCCACAUGCCAAGGGUGUGUUGAGCUUUCCAUCGGCGGUGUGUCUUUUCUCAUUGCCGUCCUUGUUGUAAACACAUUCAUAGUAGGAUGGAUUUGGUUCCAGUCUUUCAUUAAAUAUAGUCUGAUGACAUCUACCACUGACCUUUCUGUUUAUUGUACAACUGAUCAUUGUACAUGCAUUGUGUUUCUUUUAAUACAAAUCGUGAAAAUCCACAAGGGAUUCAGGACCAAACCACCUCCAUGUUCAUUUCCAUACAUGAAAGGAAUUAGUUCAGACUUUAGAAGUAGAAACAAACUAAGCCAACAGUAUAACAUAUUCCUGAUGACUGCAAGACCAGUUGAGUACCAGUCAAAGGAUUCUUAUUUGUCUGUUUAAUAUGAUUAAUUCAUAUCAUGAGUUGCUCAAUGUUUAUUUCAUCAGUGGGGUGAUAUUAAUUACAGGUGGAAAACUUGUUUGGUUACAAGAUUUGGCAAGAUUCAGCUUUUCAUUUUUAACUGAUUUGUUCCUUACACAGAAAUACAACUUCAUAAAGAUCAUAUUUAGUAAAAUAAGAUCUUUUGCGUAUUUUUUAAUGGAAUUGAAAUUCUGUACCAUGAUGGUAGUGUUUGUUGUGCAGUCCAUUUUAAUGCUGCAAUCAAUAUUACAUCAGUUAUGCCAACUGUGUAUCUAUUAUGCAUAAUUUUAAUGACCAUAUUCAUCCAGGAAUGACAGACCAAAUUAGAGUAUCACUGUUUUCGGUCAUGACAAACAUGCUUAAAUCUCACUACUUGCCAAUGUUGAAUUGUGUACAUAAGCAGAAACCUACCUUAUCUGUACAUACUUCUUUGUAAUAUUUGUAGUAUUGUCAUUUUCUACUUCACAGAAUUGGUAGCAGUUAGCCUCCAGAUUAAUUUUUCAAAAUCUAAAAAUACUACUGAGCCUAGCCUGCCAGAUCAUCAGAGCAUGUGAUGAUGUUCACUACCAGUCAAUGCAUGUGAUCGUGUUCACUACCAGGUUGUCAAGGAUUGUGAUCCUGUUCACUAUCAGACCAUCAAAGAUUGUGAUCCUGUUCACUAUCAGACCAUCAAAGAUUGUGAUCCUGUUCACUAUCAGACCAUCAAAGAUUGUGAUCCUGUUCACUAUCAGACCAUCAAAGAUUGUGAUCAUGUUCACUGCCAGUUUGUCAAAGAUUGUGAUCCUGUUCACCACCAGAUUGUCAAAGAUUGUGAUCAUGUUCACCACCAGAUUGUCAUCUUGUUCACCACCAGAUUGUCCACGAUUGUGAUCAUGCAGGAUUGUGAUCACGUUCACUGCCAAGCUUGUAGUAACAUCAAAUCAAAUAGAUUUGGGAAUCAUCUCAGUGAGUAAUGCAACACGUUAUGCCAACUUCUGAUAAACAUGUCAUGAAAAAACAGGUGUACCAUUUCAUCAUUGUUUCCUUGUGUUAAACUUCUGUAGUCAUCAGUAUUGUGUCUUGUGACCUCUCUUUAAAGUAUCUGUACAGUUUUAUUGUGUGGCUUGUUCAAGUCCUUCCAUACACUCACUUGUAAAGACAUAAGUUUCUGGUUGCAAGGUGUAGAGUACCAGAAAAUAACUGAAAGAAAAUACUUAUAGCCUGUUGGUACAUACAAUAACUUAAAAACAUCUCUGUACACUACAGUGAGGGGCAGUGGCAAGUCGAGGCCGAGGGCCACCCUUAACAUUGGUAAACUACUAAAAGCCAUGAAAAACCUUGCACCCUUGAUACACCAUGUGUUUAACAGAUUGUGUUGUGUUUUGUACGCUUUCUGCAAUUUUCUUUGUUAAUGCUGAGACCAAGUCUGUAGACUUAAUUAUUUAUGGUGCUGAAUAAAUAUCAUACAGCAAA